AUUUUUAACAUUGGUCAUAUGUCAACUUCAGUAUUUAGGUUGAUUUGAAAACUAUGGGUAACACACAGGCAAGUAAAGUUCCAUCCUGUUCUGAAUCACCAGCGCGCGUUCCAAGCACGUUGCUGAUACCACCGCCUGGAAAGCAAUGUCUUCUCCUAGACAUGCUGCCCAACGACAUUCAUUUCGAGAUCAUUCACAGAAUUAGGUCUACUAAGGAUCUACUGGCGCUCAUGCGAACCUCAAAGGCAUUCCAUUCCUUGACCGUAGCAUACAUUGAGCAUUAUUGCGCCACUGACAACCGCCUUGAAAAAGUGGGGAUAUUCAUGCAGAUGAAACCUCUCUUGAUCCAAGAACUAGCUCUCAAGCAGAAGAUGUUGAAGAAUCCUGGCCAGACUACACUUUUACAAUUCAAAGCUGUCCGUUGGUUCCAAGGAGAUGACCCUACUGGUGAAAUCAUUGACAGGGUUCUUGUGGCUCAGAUCCAGAGCUUUGCCCACAAAGAUAAUAGUAACUACUUUCAAGUCAUCCAUGACGAAACCUUAAACCGUCAGAUCGUCCACUUGCAUACUGUCUGUUGGCUGCAUUUUGAGCACACUUUUCGUGACUUGCCUCCUGGGCGAUACCAGUGCUCAUUGAGGAUGAGAGCAACGCCCCAACUGAAUUGGUCAACGUUUGGUGCCAGUCAACCUCCAGGCUCAAUUGAGGUACGCCAAAUCACCCAAACCCACGGAUCGCCGGAGGUGUUGGUUUCUCAAGCAAUGCAAGCCAAUUGGUGGAGCCAAAUCCGCGCUCGGCAAUUCGAUGGUUCCAAUUUGGAGAAUGCUACGUUACACUUUGAGUCAGGGACAAGCUGGUUUCAUGUUACCUUGACUCCAUUUCAAUUGGAACGUUGCUCUGAUAUACUUUUCCAAUUUCGCGAUGUGGAUCAUCCCUUUUGGAAGUCAGGCCUAGAUUGGGAUUUUAUUGAGCUGCGCAAACUGUCAAAGUAAUUUGUAUGUCAGAUAAUGUAUAAGUUUCAUUUGUUUUCGAGGA